GUCUCAGCCAGCCCCCACCUGCCUGCCUUCUUAUUUACAUCCAAUCCAGGGUGUGGCACUAUCAACUUCCUCCUCCCUAGUCUCAGUGUUGCCACUUUGGAACUCAGGAGGAUGAGGGCAAAACUAGAGAUAAGUUGGUGCUGCCUUUCAUUGGCUUUGGCUCCACCUCCUGUUGGCCUCUCUGCCUUCUGUCUCACCAGUCUGAACUAACACUAGGCACCACUGAAUUUCUAAGAGAUCCCAGGGCUGCAAAAUGUCUGGGUGCCAGUUGCCCUGAUACAACAUACCUAUCACUCACCAUGGGAGAGGGAGGACGCAGACAGAAGUGAUUGGUCUCUCCUCCUCUCUCUAUGGGCAGCUCCACCAGGUCAAAUUCGCCCCAGCAGACCUCUUACUCUUAAAGGGAAAGAGCACACACCCUCUGCCUAUGAACCAGCCCUCCCUUGAGUGGUGAGGCCAGAAGGAUUGAGAGGAGGCGGCAGAUGGAGGCCCCCACGAAACGCACUUUGCCAAGGGCCUCCCAUAAUCUGAAACCAGGCCUGCCCACUAUCCUAUUUCCAGCGUGGCUGCUAAUAAAGCAUACAGAUACGAUUCAGCUGAGCGUCCCCCACUGGGCACCGCCAUGGUAGACCGGGGCCCCCUGCUGACGUCCGCUAUCAUCUUCUACCUGUCCAUUGGAGCAGCUAUCUUCGAAGUCCUGGAGGAGCCUUAUUGGCGAGCAGCGUCGGAAGGCUACAAGCAGAAGAAAACGCAACUCCUCAAGGACUUUCCCUGCCUGGGCCAGGAAGGGCUGGACAAGAUCCUGCAGGUGGUAUCAGAAGCUGCUGGGCAAGGAGUUUCUAUCGAUGCCAAUGACACCUUCAACAACUGGAACUGGCCUAAUGCUGUCAUCUUUGCUGCUACCGUGAUUACAACCAUUGGCUAUGGAAAUGUUGCUCCCAAGACUUCAGCUGGACGACUUUUCUGUAUAUUUUAUGGACUCUUUGGUGUUCCUCUCUGCUUAACAUGGAUCAGUGCUUUGGGAAAGUUUUUUGGUGGACGUGCCAAGAGGCUGGGUCAGUUCCUGACGAAGAGAGGAGUAAGCCUGAGAAAAGCACAAAUUACAUGCACCGCUAUUUUCAUCAUCUGGGGAGUCCUCAUCCAUCUAGUUCUUCCUCCCUUUGUCUUUAUGGUGACUGAAGGCUGGGAUUACAUUGAAGGUCUCUACUUCUCAUUCAUCACUAUUACGACCAUAGGAUUUGGAGACUUUGUUGCUGGUGUGAAUCCAAAUAUGACUUACCAUUCACUCUACAGAUACUUUGUAGAGCUGUGGAUCUACCUGGGCCUAGCUUGGCUUUCCCUCUUUGUUAAUUGGAAGGUCAGCAUGUUUGUUGAGGUCCACAAAGCAAUCAAGAAACGAAGAAAAAAAAGGAAGGAGUCCUUUGAAAACCAUCCUCCUACAAAAAAAGCUCUUCAGAUGUCUAACCCAAAAGAUGUGAACAUUUUCAGCUUCCUUUCUAAGAAGCAAGAGACUUACAAUGAUCUCAUCAAGCAGAUUGGAAAGAAAGGUCUGAAAACAAGCAAUGACAAAAUUCUGAAUGGAGAGCAAGUGAAGCCAACAUUGCAACAUUCUAGCAAAGACAUCAAAGUGAUGUACACAAGGAACAAGUUAUUUGACUAUGAUGAGGUUUCUCUGGGACUCCAAAACUUUCAUGUUAUGAGACAUCUAACUGACACACGUAUUGGGGAUAGCCCAAUUGAGGGCAAUGUGUUUGUAAAUCAGCUGGAUCGAAUCAGUGAGGAAGAAGGGGAAGCAUGGGACUCCAGAGACUAUCGACCUCUGAUCUUUGAAAAUGCAAAUAUAACAUUUGUAAAUGAAGAGGAGGAUGAAGAAGAAGGGGAUCUUUCAGAUGAUGAGGAAACUUCAAAGUCCUCUGUGGAUGACAAUCUUGCAGAGGAACCUGAGACUCAGAAAAAACUUGUGAAAUUCCCAUGCUCUGAUGAAUCUACCUUUACCAAUAAUGAGUUAGAGAUAUCUGUGCCUUAUGAGCAGCUAAUGAAUGAAUAUAACACAGUGAAUACUGCAAAAGCUGCAACGUGAAGAAGUACUUUUUCUUGUUUUGCUACUAGCUUCCUGAAAAAUCACUGAUUGCAGAUUUCAACAGAUAAACAUACAUGAAGAAGAGGAGGAGGGUGUACCAUAUUUGGUAUUUUCCACUGGCGCCACCUCCUUGCAUUAGCAGACUGAAAGCAUUCAACAUCUGGAUAAUAUCUGUAGUUGUUUAUUACUCAGUUUUGCUUAUUCACUGUGAAGUGAUGGUUCUAAAAACUUGAGAGUUCCUUUUCCCUUUGAGGAGGUGGUAGAAGAAAAGCCUACAGUUAUUGGGCCUAUUCAGUAUUUGUUUCCUUCUUUUAAUGAAGAGUGACAUUCUGAUACUGUAGUCAGACUGGUUUGGAUUGAUUGUAUGUGGGACAUGGCUGGUAACUGUACUAAUUCUUGACCUCUGAAAAACUGAAUUCAGAUAAUGCCUUGGUGCAGAGUGGAAAAUGUUGAUAACAUUAUCCAAACGCAAUCACACAAUGAAGCUCUCUUUCUAUUCUCCUUUUAAGGGAUGCUUUGAACUGGAAGGGCUGAGUGUCCUGAAUGUCAGAGAUGAGAUACGUUGGCAGUCCUGACUAGGGAUCUUGAAGAGAAUCUGCUCAAGUUUUGCCAGUUCUUUUGAGUCAUGAGCUGAAGGUCCAUGAACAAAAGCACUAUCUUAAACACAGACCCAGUUUUAUGGAGAUAUCGUACCUUCUGUUAUACAAGAAGCUGUCUGCGGUUAAACCUGGUGAACAUGAAAAGCCCAUAUGACUUAUAUUUAAAAUUCAGUUGUGCAAGAAGAUUACAGAUGACAGAUUUAAAAUGAAGAAAAAGCACAGGGACAAACCUGUGUUUUGCGUCAAAAAUGCCCUUCCAUUGUCUAUACUCUACAGAAAUACUUGAAUAAACUUUAUGUGCUAAUGUCUCCUAAAUGAAAUUUAGUGAUGCUGCCCUUUUGAAUGACUGUUUUUUAAAUAGCAAAACACAGCCUGAAUAUCUUUAAAUGUCUGUCUGAAGGGUCUAAGAGCUGCAAAGAGUUCUUUAUAUUCAGUGUCUCAGCUUCUAGAAAAUUAUAUUUUUUAUUUCAUUCCAUUUAGUACUUGAGAUAUUUGUUAUGGACAUAUUAUGGAGUUGGGUUUUUUCCCAUAUAGGUAUUUCAGCUGCUUUUCUAAGUAAAGUUAAAAUGUUUGCAACAUCAGAGAAGACUAUAAGAAGGAUUAAAGUAGCAGCAGAAUUUGGGUAUCAUGGCAAAGGGCUUUGUCUGAUAUCUGCCUUUGCAGUGGAAAAGAGAUAAUUAACUCAAUGGUUGGUGUUCCUUUUGAAAAGCAGAGAACUACCGAUACCUUGUAAGUUAUUGGAGCACAGUAACAAUGAUGAGGAAUCGUAAUCCUCAAAAUGUUCUGGCCCCAUAAGGUUUCACUGCUAGAGCUGUUUGAGGAUCAGGCUGUAAAUUGCUCCAAUGUGAAUUGUAAUUGUACCCCUUGUGGGUUUUACCUGAAUUGGAAGAAUUCAUAGGUGAAGAAAGUCUGGGGCAUGUGGGAGUUUCUGAAUGGUAAGAAAGGCCAAAUGGAACUUUUGCAAUACUAAUAUUGAAUGAUUUAAGUAUAUACAAACUGCUCAUUUUGACUACUGUUUGGCUUCUGAACUGUGGAGUAGAUUUGUACUGUUCCUUUUAUAAAGAUGCCUCUGAGCAACCAUAUACUCCUUGGAAGGACAGCUCAAAAACAUUUGUUGCAAAUGACGGUCUGUGUUCAUUUCUGUUUGGAAAUUUAUAUUAUGUAUGCAAGAAAGCUUGCAAGAAAAAAAGUAAGAAGGAACUAAAAAUAUUUUCUUACACUUUUUCUCGACGGAAGUUAUCCCAUUGGAUUUGCCAGUGUUAUCCUAUGCAUUACAUCAUGCAUGGCUGAAAUAUAGGCCAAGAGACUAGUGGUGUUGCUCUUAAAGGCUGGUUGGCUACUUUUUUAUUUAGACUGGCCCUUUCAGGCAAGACUGAUUUUUACCUCUGUAAAAACAACUUUUGACAUCAAAUAGUUUCAUCAAGACUCAAGAACCGUUGUCUUGCUGUUUAUAUCAGUGACAGCUGUAGUUUAUGUUCCUUUUUAUUCCAUAGCAGAUAAUACACUGUGAGUACUGAGUUGUGUCCUGUUUUUGUUACAAAAGUGCACAUCAUUUUUGUGAAGAUAACUUGAUAAAGUUGGCAUUGGAUUCUGGUGUGUCUUCCAUGAAUGAAUGGCUAAGAGGUUUCUCUCUGCACUAAAAGAGGCACAGAAUGGUGCACACAAUGGAAAUUCUUUCAGUGUUUUGAGUACAGUAUAGGACAGCCAAGAAACUAUUUAUGAUUACCUUGGAAUGUUGCUUCUUCUUGGUGUAACUGUUGUGUUGCAUAGUGCACAGGCAGGCAGAGACAAAAUGAUGCAAGCAUGGAGCUGAGGUCUCCAUCUUCAGGGUCAUCUCUUCAAUACAAAUGAGCUCAUGUGAACUGUUGAAAAUGCAGGUUGGGUGCUGCCCUUUAGAUAUGGUAUAUAGCUAUUAACAUCUUCCUAGGAAAUACCCUGUGUUUCUAGGAACUUAAGCAGCUUUCAAGGAAACAAAGCCCUUGUUUUAAAUUAAGAGAAAUUUAAUAGAUGUAAGCAUAACCUGCAAAGUUGUUAGGCAUUUCUACCUAGUGUUUGGAAGAAAGCCCUGUUAAAAUCAAUAUGGACUUAUUCCAAGCAGUUGGAUCAUUUGGUAGAAUCUUACUCUGAAGAACACCACGUGCCUUGCAGUGGGUGAAAUUUAGCUGGGUCUUUUGGUCAUAAAGUGGCCAGCACAAAGGGUAUAUGCAUAAAUAUUGGAUCAUGUCUUUAUUAGCUGCUCAAGCUAUUCAUUUACCUUUUUUUGCCUAACAUUCAUUAAAUGAUGGAGCCACCUUAGACCUAUCUGAGAACUGGUCUGCCUUAGCACUCUCUUCGUCUAAAGUACUGUCUUCCAUAUGUUAAGUGGAGAUUCGGUCUUCUCAGUUGGAGUUAUUUUGAAGUGCCUUUGACUGGUUUGAUUUCCCAGCUACAUCUGGGCAAGGAUUUGCAUAAUGUGAAACAAAGUGUAAAGUUUGGAAACUGCUUCUUUUUUCUCCUGGGGGAAAAAAAUCUAGAAUUUUGAUGGAGAGAAAUCACUUUUGCUUUAUGUGCAUGUUGUUAUUUAGGUGUUGCGGAAGGGAUUUAUUUUUUAAAGAUAGCUGUUAACCUUCAAAAGCACCAGAGCACCAAUAGUAUUCAUGUGUUCUUUUUGGGGGGAAGGGAGGACUCUAUCCCUACCAAGCUGUGGACCAUGAAAACUUAGUACUGCUGUGUUGCCUUGCUCCCCACCACCACUGUUGUCACUUGAAUUGGAAUAACCCAGAAUGUUGGCAGUGGCUGCUAAGCUUUUUAGUGUUAUGGGGGGGGGAUAAGUUCCAGAAUUUGGACCAAAAAGAUAAGUACCUCUCUUCCUCUUCUUUAACAGAGUAUAGGACUUUCACAUGACCAGAAUUAGCCAAACAUAGGGGCCAUUCCUGAGACUGUGACUGUGUAUUCAGUAAUUUCAUAGUAGGGUAGUGACCAGGUAUAAAUUUGCUCUGAAAAAUACAGGAGAAGCCUCAUCAUCAACCCACCAUCUUGCUACAUGAUUCCUAAGUAUAUCCAGUGCAAAACUGACCCAGAGAUAGUCUUGCUCUGCAAUAGGUCUAUAUAAAGCAGUAUAUCACUCUAACGUUUCUUUUAAAGAGGGCCUGUAAGGGUACCUCCACUUGCUUACACAACCGGCAGAGUUAUGGCUCCAAUACAGUGGUACAAAACUGUUCCGCAACACUUGUUUAAGUCCCCUCUUAAUUUGAAGGCAUAAUUGACUCCAUUGCUGGCAAUAGGUGUGCCAAAGCAUAAGAUAACUAAAGAUUGUUACCCUCAACAUGACUUGGUUCAUCGCUUACUUUAUUGGAACGGUACAGGUGAAAAUGCACUAGCAUCUUCUCUGAAAAAAGCAAUACUUAAAAAGCCUCUUAACAGCUGUCUGGUAGGUGGACUCAUCUUUAGUUUUCAUGCCUUCUAUGCUACACUGAAUUUUUGAAUGAGGCUCUCUAUUUUUCAUAUGGUUCUUGAAAUGUGCAGUCCUGACAAUCUCAUCUCUGUCACUCCUUCACAUGAACAGACACAACUCCUGUUUCAGUCUGUACUUUUGCCUAUUUUUGUGUCACUGGAAUCACUGUAUGUAAAUAUUAGACUUUGUAAAAUGUAAUUUAUUUUUAAAAAAAAUUUCAAUAAAAA